AUUGCCCACAUGAUUGCCUUUAUUGAUCAAGAGGCAUCAGAAAAAGUGGAAGAAAUUGAUGCCAAAGCUGAGGAAGAGUUCAACUUGGAAAAGGGCCGUCUUGUGCAGCAGGCUCGUGCCAAGAUAAUGGAAAUCUUCGAAAAGAGAGAGAAAUCCAUUGACCUGCAGGUGAAAAUUCAAAAUUCUAAUCUGAAGAAUGCUGCUCGUCUUAAACUGCUGAAGAAAAAAGAGGAACUGAUGAGUGAAUUUUUUGACAAAAACGUUGAAGAAGCCAAGCGGGCGGUCCGUAACGAUCCUGCCAAAUACAAAGAUGUAAUGAUCAAACUCACAGUACAGGCUUUGGUACGUUUGUUGGAGCCCAAGGUUACAGUGAGAGUCCGUCAGCAGGAUGUCAGCCUUAUGAAGUCCGUGGCGCAGGAGUGUGAGUCUCAAUUCAAGAACUUAACCAAGGGCAAAUACGAAGUGAAGAUCAUAGUCGAUGAAGAAAACUUUCUUUCUGCUGAUCUGAUUGGAGGUGUGCUACUGUUUGCCCUUAACGACAAGAUCUCUGUUACAAACACUUUGGAUGAUAGAGUCACACGCAUCUUCCAUGAGAGAAUGCCUGGAAUCCGUGAGAGUCUAUUUGGCAGCAACCCAAACAGGAAGUUCCGGGAUUAAUUCACCACUAGGACGUUCCCCCUGUUCUGCGAUGUCAAGACCUGGUAUAGCAGAAUUUAGCUGAUUUUGUCUUUAUCUGUUUGAUUGAACCACCUGCGUCUCUGUGUCUAGCCAUUUAUUGAUGAAGACCCCAUUUCAGUUUAUGUGAUGUGUUUGUCUGUGUUACUUAAUGGAUAUUGUGUCAGCUGUUACUGGAGACUUUUCUUCGCAUUCAAGUUUAUGGGCACAAGCAUGGUCUGUCCUGUUUUUUUUCUCUUCUUCUUCAUGGCUGAGGAUUAGCUUUAUUUUUGUGGGAGGAUUAUAAUUUGUGUAUUCAUUUUGUAAAUUCUCGUACUGGGGAAAGAGUGCCAACUUGUGUGUGAAAGUGAAAGGUAUUUCUGUGGUAUUUCAUUACAAUAAUAUUAGACGCACCUGUUUAUGUAAAAUGUUUUUCCGUUUCUCUGAGGGGAAUGCAUAUUUUAGUCAUACUGGUUCAAUUUUGCACGUACCAGUUAUACCAUUUUUUGCAUUUUUGUUGUAAAAGGUCCUUUGCAGAUAUAGUUCACUUACUUGAGUGCAGUGAAAAGUUACUUGGAUUCAAAAACUUUUUUUUUUUUUUUUUUUUUUUUUGUAUACUGGUGAUUAAUUCGAUUAGAUUUGAAGUAAUCUGUGAGUACUCUAGGAAUUCAGGAGGAGACUGUCUGUCAAACUUUUUUAUCAUGUAAUAUUUAAUCAGGGCUUCCAGUCUUCCGCAAUUUUGCGGAUUUCCGCAACUUAGCAGAAUUCCGCAAAUGGAAAAAUUUCGUUAAAAUUCGUGCAAAAAAAAAUUAUUUUUUUUAAAAUGCGAAAUAAAAAAUUUCCGUUAUUACCAAUAGUCAACAGUAACCAACCCAUACCGGAAGUGCUCUUUUAUUUGAAAGUGUAGACAGUGUCUUUCACUUUCACUUUCUAAAGCUCAGGAAGCAGAGCACAAACUCUGUAAACAAGAGGAAGAAAUGACGAUUGUGAUUCAAUAGAUCUUGGGCCUGCCAAGAAAAGAAAACUCAAAAGAGAGCUUGAUUUUUUUACCAGACGUGUUUAUUUGUAAGUUUUGUUGUAGAUUUAAGUUGAAUAAGCUGUCAAGAAUCUAGACUAGAAUCUAGAGAUAUUAGAUCUAGAUCUAGAUAUCAAGAUCAAGUCAAGCUGUUAUACUAUUAUUAUAAGGUAUUCUACACCUUAUGAUGAUUAUGGUGCAAAGUGCAAACCAACACUAGCAGAAAAAAGUUGAACAUUAACUGUCAAGUUUUAUAGAUCUAGUUGUGGAUGUACAGUAUCUGUACAAGGGAGAAAGCAUGGUUUUGGAUUUGGAAAUAUACGGAUUAACACAAGCAGAAAAUUAUGUAGACCUAUGCAAAGUGUGUUUUAUUUCUCACUUAUUUUCUGUUAAAUUUAGGCUUGAAUAGCCAGAAAUGGCAUACUUAGGAUGCUCUGAAACCAAAAAUUCUCAAACAUAAAGGGGACGCUGUCCACCUUCAACCCCCUGCCAGGGCUCCGCCCUGGACCCGAAAAUCCUCGAAAAAUGACAUCAGCUGCUGGAAGCUCUGUUUAAUGGAAAUGGAUUACUGAAUUGUUUUGUUUUACAUCAUGCCUAUCCGUUUCUUUGUCGGUGGCAAUUCUGUUUGUGAUUAUUUUCUCCCCUCCUGAGUGUUUUUCAUGUGAAAGCACAACACCUUGUCUUUGCCUUUUUGUGGUUUAAGCCUAUGUGGCAUGUGGGUGGUUGGCGGGUGCUCUGGUGUGGUUUGCUUCUUCUUUCCUAUGAAACAUCUAUCGUCCUUAUCUCCCCUCCUUCUUUUUUAUGUUUGUUACUCUCUUGUAACACCUCUAAUCUUCUGGCGCUCAUACGACCUUAUGCAGUUGCGAGCGCCGUAAAACCUCUACUAAAACAAGCCUACUAUCUGGUAUGAGAGAAAAUACCUAGUCCUCUUCCCAUGUUUUGUGAAACACCAAGCUGUGCCCAUGGCGGCCUGACCAGCUCAAUUGUAAUUUUUUUUUUUGCACUCACUCCUCACAAAUCCCUUCUUCGCCCUGUUGCACCUCUUUUUACAGCAGAACUAUUUUAUCGUAAAAUGUCCCAUUACUUACACAUCGUGACAUCAUUUUGCACUUAUGUAUUUAUAGCACAGUGGGCGGCCAUAUCUGCAGGGAGUUGCGAGUUACAUUUAACACUUGUGUUGUUGAAAUGUACAGAUGCUAUAGCUUUCCAUUAAAACAGAAGAGAAAGUGAGAAUGGAAAAGCAAGUCUCAUGAGAUACUGGUCUGUUCAACUGCUGUGAUUUUUGGUUGGGUCAACUUGUCCUGGAUAUAGGGUUGGCUCUCUGUUGUUAUAUUAUACAAAUUGGUAUUCACUUUUCCUCCCCACUUUUUAUUAUUUACAGCGGAAAUGAGCAGUGAGAUUUAUGCUCUUGCCAUUGCCAUUUUUUCCCUCUCUCCUUUUUGUCUACCCAAGUGGCUGAUGAGUGUUCUCCCUUUGAAUGGGACGGCGCUGCACUUCCACCUCAUCAUCAAAGGCUGUGAUCCGAUUAGACUCAGUGAGUCACUCUUUGUAUUUACUCGGUAACCCCGUAGUUCUUGGGAGUGGGACUUGUAGCCAUUUAGCUUGUUGUUCAACAAUGUGUGUCUUGAAGUUUGUGGGUAUUUUAAAAAUGUUUGUCUGGGUUGGUUUGCAUUUAGUUGCAUCAAGAAAUUUAUGGUUGUAAGUAUGUCGGAGGUCAAGGUGCGUUCAGUUUGUUCUAGGAAUUUUUUGGAUCUAGUUGUAUUCACCUGUAUCUCACAUCUUGUAUUUUUCAUUAUCGUAUUCUUGCCCUGUGGAAGCGUUAUUAGCUCAUUUGUAAUCAGAAUGAAUGCUUUGUCUAUCAUUGUAGUGCGAAUCUUAUGUGUGUGAAAUGUGGAUGGGUCUCCAUAGCUUCAAGAGAUGUUUUUGUCGACAUUUUAUCCUCUCUGGUCUCAUAUGUUGUGUUUUGUUGCCUCUUGGGCACAUCAGAGGAAAUUGAGAAUUUGUUCGCUCUGUCUGAAUGACAGGUGCUGAAAUUUUUAUUUCAGUUCCAACGGAAUCUCUGUUUCCUUUUUCUUAAUAACAAUGGGCGCACCAGCUGCCUAGGCAUCUUUAUUUGAUUUUUACUCUGUGUGUUUUUAUGGUGUCCGUGUUCUCUGUUCAGUAUGAAUGAUUGACGGUUGGCUACUUAGACCGGUCAUUUUUUUCCAGGCUGUACUCUGUAGUAGUUGAUCUGGUGUCUAUUUUAAAUUUUAGUAAAUUCAUCACAUGAGGGUGUUAGCUUUUUUUUUUUCUUUCAAGUGUUUGUUAAGUGUGUGUGAUUUAUCAGCUGGACUGUGGGUAGAUAGAGAGUCUGUUGUGGGAUGAAGAAAUAAAGAGACUGUUCGUACAUGAGCAUGAAUAAAACAAACGUAUGUUGAAUUUUUUUAUAAGAAUGAUGUUUGCUUGUUUGCCCGCAUUGUUUGUGAUCAUUUGUGUCCAUGACUCCAUCAUAUUGUUCAGUUCCCUUUAGAGUAUUCUUGGGGAGACUGGCCUAUUUAGUCAGAAUGUAGCAAUUGAGUUCAGUUGAUGUUGAAUCUUGUAUAAGCAGGUUGUACUCUUCUUACACAGUGUACUGUUAUUGUGAAUAAAAGAUCAUAUGGAGUUUGAAUGUGUGUAAUUUCGCUAAUUUGUACCUAUUAUGGAUCUCACUUAACAUUUGUAUUGUUAUGUGGUUUAAUGUGACCUCAGGAGUAACGUUCUGCUAAUUCUUCUGCAACCUCCUGGUCGAGUAGUGCUUGAGUUGAGUGAACUAUAAAUAUUCAGAUUUCCAGACUUGAUGACAAGCACAAAAGGGGAGUAAGUGGCUUGAGUAGUCUUAAUUUUGAAAUCUGCUGCAAUUGAUUUUGUUUUUUUCGCUAUCCUUUUAGAAAUGUAGUUUAAUGAAUUCUUUGCUUUUUUGGCAAUCUAAGCUUUUACUUUGAGUCUUAAGCACACAGGAUGUAGCAAGGCUGCAUGCAUCCUUCUGAGGGGCUGGGUUUGUCUAAUUAAGUGAUUUAUUGGACUAAAAGUAGUAAAAGGGUCAUUCUGCAGCAUUAGUCUUCCUGUCAUCAAACAUUGCACUUGCUCUUAAGUAUCAUUUGAGGCAUCUAAAAAUAGAAUUAAAAGCUUAUCAGUGAAACGUUUUGAGAGGGUUGGCAUGCCUGGCUGCUGAAUUUUGUUUCUUGUUCAUGCAAUGUGAAAGUUAAAAAAAAAUUGUUUAGACUGUAUGAUAACCUGUUCAAAAAGGAAACUGAAGAAAAAAAUGAGUGGUUGUCAUGUACCAUAGCUAGUCAAUUUAUUUGUGUCUAAUCAGUUUCUCUCUGUUGAGUAUUGGAUUCAAAUGUCUUUUCGUUGGUUAUUAGUAGCCUACUAUUUAUUUGUACAUGACUUGACUAGGCUCUUUUCUGAAAAAAACAACCAAAACACAAAACAAAAGAUUUGCUGAUUACAGAAAAUCAUGAAGAAAUACUUUGAUUCUUUUGAAAAUUAUGUCAUAUAAUAUCAUUUCACACCUAUAGCAUUCCAAGUCAGCAGAGAUGUAUGUCAUGUACUACCAUUUUUUUUGUCCGUGUAUAUAUGUAUGCAAUGGGCAGUACUGACCCAAUAAAUCUGAAAAUCAAAAUACAA